AUGUUCAACCUCUCUGCUACGCGUGCGGCUCUUCGCGCACCCGCUCGGGCAUUCUCAACGUCUGCCGUGCGCGGUCGAGACAUGGCGAAGCUUACCCUUAUCGGUCGCCUUGGGCAGGACCCGGAGGUGCGCGUCGCAAAGAACGACGCGGAGUACGUUACCUACACUGUGGGCACCUCCACAUCGCGCCCUGCGCCAGAUUCCGACACUCCUGCCACUCAAUGGCACCGCAUUGUGGCCUUCAACUCAACCGCAAAGGAAUACCUGACCACUGUCAAGAAGGGUUCACUUGUCUUCGUGGAAGCAGACUACGAUGUGCGCCAACCCGACCCGGAAGCAAGCCCAGAUACCCCGGAAGGACAGCGAAUGAUCCUACUCCGACACAGGGAACUCAAUGUCCUUCGUGCACCAUACUCAGCCGGCCGGUCAGAGGGCGAAGCGCAUUAA